AUGUCUCUCAUGCACUUCUUGCACAAUGUCUCGCAUGCAACCAUGUCUCGCCGACGCCGAUGCCUGCAGCGACCCUCUUCAUUUCGUCCACCGCCAGAAUGCAUCCUCCAGCUUCUGCUUUCCAUACUGGCCCCCGCUCACAUUACUUCCUCCUCGCACGCCAAAAUGCGUCUUACCAUGACUAUGCGCAUGCAUGUUGAGCACGCCGUCGACAAAUAUCACACUGCACUGCGAGUCGCAUCGGUCUCUCUCAUCAUUUACGCCCUCGUCAUCACCAGAUCCCUUGUCCUUCUUGCCUUGGCGUCUUUUCUUGUAACCACGACCGCUUCCUGGUACUUGGAGCUCCUCCACCUUCCACGAAUCCUCUCCUCGAUCCGCGCCCGCUGCUUGCUCGCUUUUCUCCUCGUCAACUUCCUUCUCCCCGCUAUACCUGUUGUCUACGUGCACCUUCAUCCUCGAACAUUAUCCCAAGCCACCGGCUCCACCUCCGAACCGCCCGCAAUCGCCGCCAUCGCAACCAUCCACACCCUUACAACGACCGGUAUCCGAGAAAAGGAUGCCGCCGUCGCCGACGACAUUCGACUCACCCAACUCCUCUGGUGCAAGAGCAUGGUAGCAGCCUGUCGUCUUCAGCCCCAACUGGCCCAAAACACGACCUUCACGAGAACAUGGACAUUCAAUGCUACUCAGUUGCUUGGAUAUCGGGACCUGAUGGGCACAUCGCAAUACGCCGAGUUGGAGAGACUUGGUGCAAGAGAACAAGGGUUGUGGUGCGAUCCAUGGGACUAUUGCAAGCCUUCUCCGAAAGCACUCGAGCAGCAGAGAGGGGGCGAUGCGAGCAGUGCUUGGAAGCAAGAGGCUAUGCUGCAUUUCCUGAACUUUGCCGAGCGUCUGGAUGAGAUUCAGUGGCACAAGAUUCACACCGUCAGUCUUUUGAACUCCGGCUUGGACCUUGGGAUGAGUGUUAGGGAAGCUUGGGUCAAAAGGACCAUAAGUCGCCUCGACGAGAUGGAUGAGCGACGAAAGAACAUGCAGAAAGGCUCGAGAGAGUUGGUUGAAUCAGGAUGGCAAUGGUGCUGGCCGUUUGCGGCGAGCAUCGGCACUGGUAGGCUGAUGUGGAACAUUGUUUCCGAGGGAACAUGGCAGAGAGCGAAGACGUGGAUCCUGGGAGUCUUAGUGGGUGGAGAAUGGUCGAUGGAGCCUGGCGAUGCGAGACUCCACGCUGAGACUCAAUGGGCCAGCGACGACUGUGAAGAUUUUGUGGCUUUUCAGGAAUCUGUCAACAUCAUGAAAGACAUGGUAGUGCAAGACCGCGCAGAGCUUGACGCAAUCAAGGACGGAAUCACUUCUCUCUUGACGCACAGCGGAGAAGACUUCGAUGCACUCGAGACCUGGCUGAGAAGCGUGGCAGACGAGGUAGUUGGGAACUUGACAACUUGGCAUGUUUGGGACCACGCGAGUGCCGGACUGAAUGGGCUCAGGAGAGAGAUUGACGCGCUGUCUGGGGAGGAUGCGAGGAACAUGAGGUGGCAAGAGCGGUAUUUGGUUGAGGAUUCAGAGUGGUGGAAGAGGGCGCUUGCGGAUGGAAGGCUGGGAACAUAA